AUGUCACUCCAUUAUAUUGGUUGUUUCCAAUACGAAGGUGGCAAAACGCUGAGAAAUGGCAAAUUAGGCGGGGACUUAGGCAGUGUGGAUUUGUGCAAGGCACUUUGUGAAAAGCAGAAUUAUCAUUUCUAUGGUCUAGUGUAUGGCAAGUUGUGUGUAUGUGGUGAUCUAGGAAAAACAAUUCGUAAAGAUGAGAUGGAGUGUAGUCAACGAUGCUCAAAAAAUCAAGAUCAGUUUUGUGGUGGAUACCAUAGAAUAAGCCUAUAUAUAAAUAGAAACUUUGAUAAAGGAUAUGUAGGAUGCUUCCAGGACCAGUCAGACCGGAUAUUGAAAGGGGAAAACAGUACCUCUGAUUCCAUGACUGUGGAGAAAUGUAAAGAAUUCUGUCAACACCAGGAUGAACAAUUCUACGGUUUGGAGGCUUCCAAUCAGUGUUUCUGUGGGAGCUCGCUUUCACAAAGUGUCAAGAAGCCUGACAGAGAAUGCGGUUCCAAAUGCAGCGGAAAUGAUAAACAGUUUUGUGGUGGACGUGGGAAAAUAAGUGUUUAUAAAAAUCCCAAUUAUGAAAAAGGUUAUGUAGGGUGCUUCCAGGACCAGCCAGACCGGAUAUUGAAAGGUAAAAACAGUACCUCUGAUUCCAUGACUGUGGAGACAUGUAAAGAAUUCUGUCAACACCAGUAUGAACAAUUCUACGGUUUGGAGGCUUCCAGACAGUGUUUCUGUGGGAGCUCUCUUUCACAAAGUGCCAAGAAGCCUGACAGAGAAUGCAGUUCCAAAUGCAGCGGAAAUGAUAAACAGUUUUGUGGUGGACAUGGGAAGAUAAGCGUGUAUAAAAAUCCCAAUUAUGAAAGAGAUUAUAUUGGUUGUUUCGAAAGCGGUAGUGUGAAAACUCUGAGAAAUGGCAAAAUAGCUUGGAACUACGGCAGUCUUGAUUUGUGCAAGACAUUUUGUGAAAAAGAGAAUUUUCAUUUCUAUGGUGUAAAGGAUGGCAAGCACUGUUUGUGUGGCGAUCUUGGAAAAACAAUUCGUAAAGAUGAGAUGGAUUGUAGUCAACGAUGCUCGAAAAAUAAGAAUCAAUGGUGUGGUGGAUAUUAUAGAAUGAGCCUAUAUAUAAAUCGAAACUUUGAUAAAGGUUAUGUAGGGUGCUUCCAGGACCAGCCAGACCGGAUAUUGAAAGGUAAAAACAGUACCUCUGAUUCCAUGACUGUGGAGACAUGUAAAGAAUUCUGUCAACACCAGGAUGAACAAUUCUACGGUUUGGAGGCUUCCAGACAGUGUUUCUGUGGGAGCUCUCUUUCACAAAGUGCUAAGAAGCCUGACAGAGAAUGCAGUUCCAAAUGCAGCGGAAAUGAUAAACAGUUUUGUGGUGGACAUGGAAAGAUAAGCGUGUAUAAAAAUCCCAAUUAUGAAAGAGAUUAUAUUGGUUGUUUCCAAUACGAAGAUGGAAAAUCUCUGAGAAAUGGUAAAAUAGGUUGGGACUACGGCAGUCUGGAUCUGUGCAAGGCAUUUUGUGGAAAACAGAAUGCUCAUUUCUAUGGUGUAGCGUUUGGCAAAAGGUGUUUGUGUGGCGAUCUAGGAAAAACAAUUCGUAAAGAUGAGAUAGAUUGUAGUCAACCGUGCUCGAAAAAUAAGAAUCAAUGGUGUGGUGGAUAUUAUAGGAUGAGUCUCUAUAUAAAUAGAGACUUUGAUAAAGGAUAUGUUGGAUGCUUCCAAGACCAACCUAGCCGAACGUUAAAUGGAAGAUCCAAUGCGUCAACUUCAAUGUCUGUAGAAAAGUGCAAAGAAUUUUGUCAGCAACACGAUUCAAGAUUUUAUGGUUUAGAGGAUUCAAACAAAUGUUUUUGUGGUAAUGUAAUUAGACAAAAUGUAAGAAAGGCGGAAAAAGAAUGCAACGCCAGGUGCAGCGGAAAUGACAACCAGUUUUGUGGAGGAAAUUCGAGGAUAAGUGUUUAUAAAAAUGCCAACUAUGAAAAAGGUUAUCUCGGCUGUUUUCAAGAUCAGUCAACCCGAACUCUAAAUGGAAAGCAUAUGUCAUCAAACUCAAUGACUGUAGAAAUGUGUAAGGAAUUUUGCAAGAAGCAGGAUGCCGAAUUUUAUGGCUUAGAGUCUUCCAUGCAUUGCUAUUGUGGAAACCUUACACAGCUGGUGAGAAAGCCAGAAAUGGAUUGUAGUCAGCAAUGUCGAGGGAAUUCCGAUCAGUUUUGUGGGGGACAUUGGAGGAUAAGCAUCUAUAAAAAUCGCUAUAUCAUUCCAUUUGAAUGUAAAGAAAGCAAAGCACAAAUCAACUGUACACCUAAAAACGGAAAGAGGGGAGUUUGUGUAAUAAAAAAUGCUGAAUUAGUGCUAAACGUUGCACCAAGUGCACGUAAUCCUACGUGCGCACGUGGAGAGACGUAUGGCAGACAUGGAGAUGAAAUAUGGGUUUCUGAAAAGUGUGGAGGGCUAUUUACUGUUUGCUUUAAAGAAGUGAAGAAAAUGGCUGUCACAAAUGGUAAAGACUGAAAAAAGAAUAUUUUUACAACUUGAGACGCCUUUCUCGAUUUGAAUAAUUUGGAAGAUUCUAGUACUGGCUCAAGAUUGCCAUGAGAG